GAAGGUGAAACAUCAGCUAGCUCGAGCCACCGACCUCCAUACAAUUCAGCCAGAAGAUGUCGACCCUGUCUGCAGCCAGCGUAGAGUCCUCCGCCGAGAUCGUUGAGAAGAAGCCACUGAAGCCAUGCUGCGCUUGUCCAGAGACAAAGAAAGUCAGGGAUGCCUGCAUCAUUGAGAAGGGAGAGGAGAACUGCUCCAUCCUGAUUGAGCAGCAUAAAGACUGCAUGAGGGCGCUUGGCUUCAAGAUCUAACCACUACCUUUUUUUGGUUGCGUGUGUGUGUUGCUGUGCAAGUUGAAGACAACAUUGGAUCUCCUCUCCUCCUUUCUCCUCUUAUUUAUACCUACGCUGUGAGGGAAUUGUAGUGGUGAUGCACUUAGUCUCUGCUGGGUCGACUGUCUUUCUGUGAUUGUUUUUUAAGUCUGCAGAAAAUGAGAAAUGUGUGAAUAUC